CGCAAGCAGACUAAAAGUGUGACUGUGUGGGAAUGAUUUGUUCGCAGCCAGGUAUCUCAGAAAAGCUAAACGAAGGUUCUUUACUCGGCACAACCAUGGAUGCGAGACACGGUGCUAAAGUGUAAACUUUCUGGACCUUCAAGAGCCGACAGGGCAUCUUCUAUUCAGUUCUUCAAAUAACUUCACAAAAGCGGGGAGAGCUCCUGUGUCUCGCGCAUUUCUCCCAUGUCUGGACGGCUCCAUCCAGCAAUGCCUGCUGUGGGACCUGCCCGCCCGGAGGACCGCCGGAAUAACCCUGACCUGCCCAAACUUCCUGUUCCCCCAUUACAGCAGACCCUGGACACAUACCUCAAAUGUGUGGAGCACCUGGUGACCAGGGAGAAGUUCCAUCAGACCACAGCGAUUGUGCACAAGUUUGGAGAACCAGGAGGCUUGGGAGAAUUUCUGCAAAAAAAACUUUUAGAGAAAAGAGAGAAAACGGAUAACUGGGUUUAUGACUACUGGCUUGAAGACAUGUACCUGUGUAACAGGUUAGCGCUGCCCGUCAACUCCAGCCCCGUACUCGUGUUUCCUAAACAGACCUUCAGCACUCGCUGUGACAACCUCAGAUUUGCUGCUCGUCUCAUUUCAGGAUUAUUGGAAUAUAAGGCUCUCCUUUAUGGAGGAGUCCUGCCUGUGGAGUCAGCGCAAGGCCAGCUGGCCGGGACUCCCAUGUGCACGGCGCAGUAUUACAGACUCUUCACUUCCUGCCGUCUCCCCGGGAGAAGGAAGGAUACGCUGGUCACCUGGCAGGGCAGAGCCACGCCCGAACGGGAGCAUGUGAUCGUGGGCUGUAAAAAUCAGUUCUUUGUUUUGAAUGUGGUGAUAGACUUCUGCCAUGUCAGUGAAGCAGACCUUGUCACCCAGCUGGAGAAGAUUGUGAAAAUGGCGGAAAAAGAGGAGGAGCGGCAGGCUCCUAUUGGCCUGCUCACUUCAGACAGGAGGACGCAGUGGGCUGAAGCCCGAGAUGCACUGCUUAAAGAUUCUACCAACAGAGACUCACUGGACAUGAUGGAGCGAUGCCUUUGCCUGGUGUGCCUGGACGAUCCCAGCGGGGUCGAGCUCAGUGACACAAACCGAGCCUUGCAGAUGCUCCACGGUGGGGGCUGCUGUAAAAAUGGAGGAAACCGCUGGUACGACAAGGCCCUUCAGUUCAUCGUAGGUGCAGACGGAGCAUGUGGUGUGGUGUGUGAACACUCGCCCUUUGAAGGAAUUGUCCUUGUACAGUGCACUGAAUACCUCCUGAGGUAUAUCGCAGAAAGUCCAAAGCCCAGCAGCUGCACCCGUGCGAGACACCCUCCCACCCCGAGAAGACUGCACUGGACAUGUUCUCCUGAAAGCCAGGGGCUCCUGGCAUCCUCCGCCGACUCGCUGCACAGACUCGUGAGUAACCUGGACAUGAACGUACACAAGUUCAAAGUUUACGGCAAGGAAUUCAUCAAAAAGCAAGGAAUGAGCCCGGACGCUUUCAUCCAAGUGGCCCUGCAGCUGGCUUUUUACAGAUGUCACGCACGGUUAGGGCCCACCUACGAAAGCGCCUCCCUUCGCCGUUUUCGAGACGGGCGAGUGGACAACAUCCGGUCUGCCACCGCCGAGGCUCUGGCCUUCGCCAAAUCCAUGAGGGAGGACCAGCCUGCCGUCCCGGACGCUGAAAAGAUGAAGAGGCUGUGGGAUGCGAUCAAGGCUCAGACUGAGUACACUUUACGAGCAAUAACAGGCAUGGCAAUAGAUAACCACUUACUGGGGCUGUGUGGGAUGGCACAGGAGCUGAGAAUGGAAAAGCUUGACAUCUUCACUGAUGAGACAUAUCUCAUUAGCCACCAGUUCACUCUUUCCACCAGUCAGGUCCCCACCACAGCGGAGAUGUUCUGUUGUUAUGGGCCUGUGAUUGCCAAUGGCUACGGUGCAUGCUACAACCCUCAGUCACAUCACAUGACCUUCUGCGUGUCCAGUUUCCGGGCGUGCCAGGACACUAGCUCAGCGGCAUUUGUGAGGGCUUUGGAGGACAGUCUGGUAAAAAUGAGGGAUCUGUGCGAGCUGUGUAACUCUGUAACCAAGGCUGGGAAGACGAGUGAAGGACCUGCCAAUCAUGUGAGAGGAAAAAUGUAAGUACGCCAUUGGAGGGAGUGUGAAGGAUUGCACAGACCAACGCUGCUGGUCCUGUUUUCUUUUUCCUUAGCCAGGUUCCAGUUGAUAACCAGAGGUUUCCAGGGCUGUGUUACAGUACAGUCUAUUGCCAUAGGUUUUUACAUAGUUAUGCCUCUUAAUGAAUUUUCAGAAGAUGCAUCACCUGUAGGGAAGCACAGAAGCAAUGCUAAUGCUAAUAAUGCUGAGCAGUGUGUCUUGUAUGUAUACAGAAUGUGUCCACUUUCCCCUUCACUCAUAUCCUCAAACAACUACAGCCAUGUUUUAAAAUUGUGAAUUAUUUAUUUAUUUAUUUAUUUAUUUAUUUAUUUAUUUAUUUAUUUUAUUAACAUUAUUGAUAUAAUGGUUACAAACGUUAUGCACUGAAAUAUAUUACUGAAUUUAAUGCACAAUUUUAUAGUUUCAACAAAAAACUAUUCAUGCAAUGAAUAUAUUCAAGUUAGGAGUGAUCUUAAUGAUCUUGUUGAUCAUUAAACAGUAAAACGUCUGUAUUUUGUGAGUAUAGCUGUCUGUGUCAAUGUUUAAUUAGCUAUAUUUAUAUGCUCUGCAUUUCAGCGUACAUAAAAGCUUAAACUGUAUUCACAUUGCACAUACAUAAGGGUUACAGUGUAUCAGGAAAUCAUAAAAUUACCAUGAAGAAUGCAGUAUGAGGACAUAAACCUGCACUUUAAAAAAUGCUUUUUACAAAAAAUAUAGACGCAUUAGUGAAAAUGUUGCGUUUUAAAAUGUGUUGUUUGUAUAGUGUUUUAAUAAUUUAUUUUUAAGUAGU